AUGGCUCCACCUCCCAUUCAGCUCUUCCUUACCACCAUCGUCUCUCAACCAACUCUCCGCCAACGCCAAGAGUAUAUUCUACGCGUUCUUCAGGUCAAGAAGGUCCCCUUCACCUCGUAUGAUCUUGCCUCGGAUGAGAACGCGAAGAAACUCUGGAAGCGCAAGGCUCCACUAGAUAAGCAACAGCUCCCAGGCAUCUUGAUCGGAGGCGAAUUCCCUGGGACUUUCGCCGAUUUCGAAAAAGCUGUAGAAUUCGAGGAGCUAGACAAGUUCCUGCGUCUCGAUGAGGAGUACAAGGCCUUCGAGGAUGAUUCCCCGAUACUCGCCGCUCAACCUGUUGGUGUCCCUGGUGCAUACUCUCCCAAUCAGAUGCACCCCCACCACCAGGCUCCACCCUCUCCACAGCCUUCUCCCUUGAAAGGGAAGGGGAAGAGCGAGGAGAAGGCAGAGAAAGAGUUAGACGCUGGUGAACAGCUGGGCGACCCGCGGCUGCAAGGUGUGAACGUGACCGAGGACGACUUGCUCGCGUUGAUGGAGGAACUUGGUCUCAAGGGUGAUGAAGCUAAUGAUUUGGUCAACAUAUUAACAGGGGAUAGCACAUUGCAGUCUGGGGGCACGAAGGAGAGCGCUAAGAGCGCAGUAGACAAGGGGCGCAUAGAGGAGAGCAAGGACAGAGAUAGCGGCGCUGUCGCGGCCAAAAACACAGACGUCAAGGUGAAGAUCGCAUGA